AUGGAGGUGGACACAGAGGAGAAGCGCCAUCGCACGCGGUCCAAAGGGGUUCGAGUUCCCGUGGAACCAGCCAUCCAAGAGCUGUUCAGCUGUCCCACCCCUGGCUGUGACGGCAGUGGUCAUGUUAGUGGCAAAUAUGCAAGACACAGAAGUGUAUAUGGUUGUCCCUUGGCAAAAAAAAGGAAAACACAAGACAAACAGCCCCAAGAACCUGCUGCCAAGCGGAAACCGUUUGCGGUGAAGGCAGACAGCGCCUCGGUGGACGACUGCUACGACAGCGAGGCCACCGAGGACAUGGACGAGAAGGAGGAGGAGGAGGAGGAGGACGAGGACGAGGAGGAGUACUCUGAGGACAACGAGGAGGCCGCUGACGACGAGGAGGAGGAGGUGGACCGAGAGGACGAGGAGGAGGUCGAGGAGGAGGAGGAGGAGGAGGACGAGGAGGAGGAGGACGGCGAGGACGUGGAGGACGAGGAGGAGGACGAGGAGGAGGAGGAGGACGAGGAGGAGGAGGAGAAUGAAGACCAUCAAAUGAACUGUCACAACACGCGGAUGAUGCAGGACCCAGAAAAGGACGACAACAACAACGAGGAGUAUGACAACUACGACGAGCUGGUGGCCAAGUCCUUGCUGAACCUCGGCAAGAUCGCCGAGGACGCCGCCUACCGGGCCAGGACGGAGUCGGAAAUGAACAGCAACACCUCCAACAGCCUGGAGGACGAGAGCGACAAGAACGAAAACCUGGGUCGGAAGAGCGAGCUGAGUUUAGACUUGGACAGCGACGUGGUCCGGGAGACGGUGGACUCCCUGAAGCUGCUGGCGCAAGGACAUGGCGUCGUGCUCUCAGAAAACAUUGGUGACAGGGGUUACGCAGACAGCAUGUCGCAGCCGGACAGCAGAAGUGUCAACUACGUCCUGCUGGGGAAGCCUGCCAACAAUGGGCUGUCCGACAAGGCGGUGGAGGAGAGUGACGAGGAGGUGUGCCUCAGCAGCCUGGAGUGCCUGCGCAACCAGUGCUUCGACCUGGCCCGCAAGCUCAGCGAGACCAGCCCGCAGGACAGGGCCCAGCAGCAGGGCCUGGCCCUGCGCCCACACGGCAGGCAGGAGGACGACUUCCCAGGGAGGACGCCAGACAGGAACUACUCGGACAUGAUCAACCUCAUGAGGCUGGAGGAGCAGCUGAGCCCCCGGCCGAGAGUGUUCUCCAGCUGCGCCAAGGAGGACGGGGCCCGCGAGCGGGACGAUGAUACCACCUCCAUCAACUCGGACCGGUCAGAGGAGGUGUUCGACAUGACCAAGGGGAACUUGACCCUGCUGGAGAAAGCGAUUGCUUUGGAGACAGAGCGUGCCAAGGCCAUGAGGGAGAAGAUGGCCCUGGAGGCAGGCAGGAGGGACAGCAUGCGGUCGUACGAGGACCAGUCUCCCAGGCCGCUUCCCGGGGAGGACAGGAAGCCCAAGUCCACAGACAGCCACGCCAAAAAGCCAUACUAUGGUAAAGAUCCCUCAAGAACAGAAAAGAAAGAGAGCAAGUGUCCAACCCCCGGGUGUGAUGGAACCGGCCACGUAACUGGGCUUUACCCACAUCACCGCAGUCUGUCCGGAUGCCCGCACAAAGAUAGGGUCCCUCCAGAAAUCCUUGCUAUGCACGAAAGUGUUCUCAAGUGCCCCACUCCGGGCUGCACGGGGCGAGGGCAUGUGAACAGCAACAGGAACUCACACAGGAGCCUGUCUGGAUGUCCUAUCGCUGCAGCAGAGAAGUUGGCAAAGGCCCAAGAAAAACACCAGAGCUGUGAUGUGUCCAAGUCUAACCAGGCCUCGGACCGAGUCCUAAGGCCAAUGUGCUUUGUCAAGCAGCUGGAGAUCCCUCAGUAUGGCUACAGAAACAAUGUCCCCACGACCACGCCGCGUUCCAACCUGGCCAAGGAGCUCGAGAAGUAUUCCAAGACCUCGUUUGAAUACAACAGCUACGACAGCCAUACUUAUGGCAAGCGAGCCAUAGCUCCCAAGGUGCAAACCAGGGAUAUGUCCCCCAAAGGAUAUGACGAUGCAAAGCGGUACUGCAAAAACGCAAGCCCCAGCAGCAGCACCACCAGCAGCUACGCGCCCAGCAGCAGCAGCAACCUGAGCUGCGGCGGCGGCAGCAGCGCCAGCAGCACCUGCAGCAAGAGCAGCUUCGACUACACGCACGACGUGGAGGCGGCCCACAUGGCGGCCACCGCCAUCCUCAACCUGUCCACGCGCUGCCGUGAGAUGCCGCAGAACCUGUCGACCAAGCCACAGGACCUGUGCGCCCCGCGGAACCCUGACAUGGAGGUGGAUGAGAAUGGGACUCUGGACCUCAGCAUGAACAAGCAGAGGCCGAGGGACACCUGCUGCCCCAUCCUGACCCCCCUGGAGCCCAUGUCCCCCCAGCAGCAGGCAGUGAUGGACAGCCGGUGUUUCCAGCUGGGCGAGGGCGACUGCUGGGACCUGCCCGUCGACUACACUAAGAUGAAGCCCCGGAGGAUAGACGAGGACGACCCCAAAGAGAUUACCCCAGAAGACUUGGAUCCCUUCCAGGAGGCUCUAGAAGAAAGGAGGUACCCUGGGGAGGUGACCAUCCCAAGUCCAAAGCCCAAGUACCCUCAGUGCAAGGAGAGCAAAAAGGAUUUGAUAACUCUGUCUGGCUGCCCUCUGGCUGACAAAAGCAUUCGGAGUAUGCUGGCCACCAGUUCCCAAGAACUCAAGUGCCCCACCCCUGGCUGUGACGGCUCCGGACACAUCACCGGGAAUUAUGCAUCUCAUCGAAGCCUUUCAGGUUGCCCAAGAGCAAAGAAGAGCGGCAUCAGGAUAGCUCAGAGCAAGGAGGACAAGGAUGACCAAGAGCCCAUCAGGUGUCCUGUACCCGGCUGCGACGGCCAGGGCCACAUCACAGGAAAAUACGCCUCGCACCGCAGCGCCUCGGGGUGCCCCUUGGCCGCCAAGAGGCAGAAGGAUGGGUACCUCAAUGGCUCCCAGUUCUCGUGGAAGUCAGUCAAGACGGAAGGCAUGUCCUGCCCCACGCCAGGAUGUGACGGGUCGGGGCACGUCAGUGGCAGCUUCCUCACGCACCGGAGCUUAUCCGGAUGCCCAAGAGCCACGUCGGCGAUGAAGAAGGCGAAGCUGUCGGGCGAGCAGAUGCUGACCAUCAAGCAGCGGGCCAGCAAUGGUAUAGAGAACGAUGAGGAGAUCAAACAGUUAGAUGAAGAGAUCAAGGAGCUGAAUGAAUCCAAUUCCCAGAUGGAAGCUGAUAUGAUUAAACUCAGAACUCAGAUCACCACCAUGGAGAGCAACCUAAAGACCAUCGAGGAGGAGAACAAAGUGAUCGAGCAGCAGAACGAGUCCCUGCUCCACGAGCUGGCCAGCCUCAGCCAGUCCCUGAUCCACAGCCUGGCCAACAUCCAGCUGCCACACAUGGAUCCAAUCAAUGAACAAAAUUUUGAUGCUUACGUGACUACUUUGACGGAAAUGUAUACAAAUCAAGAUCGUUAUCAGAGUCCAGAAAAUAAAGCCCUACUGGAAAAUAUAAAGCAGGCUGUGAGAGGAAUUCAGGUCUGA